AUGGCACCCCAGCGCGACAGUACGAGCCGGUCGUCGUCAAUUGAGCCCUCUGCCGAACGCUUCCUCAACGACACUCCGAGCCCAGCCCACUCGUUCGCGAACGAGCCGGACAGCGAAUCCGACACCGUUUCGAGCCAGGCCAGCGAUACUGACGAUGCUGACGAACGAUCUCAAUCUCAGUCGAUUGUCGGAGGUAGGGGGAGGGGGACCAUCAACAACGGCCGGUCGCCGGAAGCGAGCGCCCACGAGGACUACGCCUCCGAGAGCGACUGA